AUGGCCAACGAUUCCACCCUCUCAUGGGUAGAGGACACCUUAGGGCCUGUUAGUCACGUGCGUGGGUUUGACUUUACAUUGACCUUCGAGCAGGUUGUCCUGUCGAUUAUCCCAUCCACAGUCUUGCUGCUAGCAGGACCAUCGCGACUACUCUAUCUCACUCGGUGCCGCUCAAAAACUUGUUCUCAACAGAACCAAUAUCUCUGCAAGCUGGUCACCUCAUCAAUCAAUUUGGUUCUACAACUUUCUUUACUGGUAUUAUGGAGUGUGUCGCCAUCAUCGCGCACCUCAACGAGCAUCCCCGCCGCCUCUCUAAGCCUCGCCAAUGCGAUCGUAAUUAUUGGGCUCUCCUAUGUUGAAGACCGCAAAUCAACGAGGCCCUCUUCCCUACUAACCAUUUACCUACUACUCUCAAUACUGUUCGAUGCAACACAGGUUCGAACAUUAUGGCUGACACAUCGAACUCCCAUGGCAGCGGUCCAGAGCGCCAUUACCGGGACAAAACUCGCCAUGUUACUCUUGGAGAUGCGAGAGAAGACCUCUUACCUCAAGUCCCCCUACAGGGACUAUCCUCCGGAGGCAACCAGCGGCAUUGUCAAUCUCAGCUUUGUUUGGUGGAUAAAUCGGCUCCUCAUGACGGGGUACCAAAAGCUCAUGGGGAACCGAGACCUUUAUGAUCUUGAGCCCGGGCUUACCUCCGGUCUUGCGGGCGAACGACUGAAGAGAGUGUGGGAGAAACACGGGAGCGCAAAAAACAAGCUCUCGCUACCUUGGGUAUUUGUUCGCUGUUUCUGGAUGGAAUUUCUCGCCGUGGUGUGGCCUCGACUGUGCUUGAUUGGAUUCAGCUUCGCUCAGCCUUUUCUGAUCAUGGCGGCGGUCCAACAUGUAGAGCGACCGAUAACUGCAGAGACCCGGAAUCGUGGCUAUGGCCUCAUUGGGGCAACCUUCCUAGUUUAUCUGGGCAUUGCGUUCUCGAAUGUCCACUACAGACAGCGCUUCUCGCGCGUAUCCACGUUAUUCCGAGGCGCGAUGAUCGCGUUAAUUCAUGACCGGACAUUGACACUCCAGGAUGGUCUCUACACAGAAAGUGCCGCGCUCACAUUGAUGAGUACUGAUGUUGACGGUAUCAUCGAACAUUUGGAGAACAUGAAUGAUGUCUGGGCCCGCACGAUAGAAGUUGCUGUUGGCAUAAGUUUGCUUGGUCUCCAACUCGGUGCGACUUGUAUCGUUCCAUUGCUUCUUACACUGGCAUGUUUAAUUGGACAGAAGUUGGUGGCAAACUCCAUCGGAAAUGACCAACAGAACUGGAACCUGGAGAUCCAGAAGAGGGUCAAGAAAACCUCAGCCGUUCUGGGUUCCAUGAAAGCAACCAAGGUCUCGGGGCUUUCAAAUGCGCUGGCCCAAAACCUGCAAGAGCACCGUGAAUGGGAGCUGGUUGUAUCUCGAGCGUUCUUCAAAGGAAUAAUGUGGCUCAACGGCUUAGCAACCUUGCCCCGAAUAUGGUCCCCCGUCAUCACCUUCAUCGUUUAUGCGAUCCAAGCACGGAUCCGAGGUGACGACUCUCUAACUACAGUGAAAGCAUUUACGGCGCUGAGUAUCAUCACUCUCGUUACUACACCCGCAGAAAAGCUUCUCGCCGUUUUACCACAGCUGGCGGCGGCCAUGGGGUGCUUUCAGCGUAUUCACGAGUAUAUAACAUCCGACCCAAUCAAGGACAGUAGAUUAGGACGUAAUCAAGCCCUAAUAUCGAAUUCGGCGAUCUUUUCGGCCGACGCAGAUGAAGAAGGAUUCACACCGCGAACUGAUGAUGAAGAGAAAGCAGUUGCCAUCAAAUUGGACAACAUCACAGUGCUACCAUCACCAAAGGCAACAUCUGUCGCUCUGAAGAAUGUGUCCUUCAAAGUAAUGAGGGGCAAUCUGCUGGUAGUAACCGGUUCUGUCGGUUCAGGCAAGACAACUCUACUCAAGACAAUCCUAGGAGAACUUGGCUGUCAGUCAGGGACUGUCUGUGUCGAAUCGAAGCGCAUCUCCUAUUGCAGCCAGAGCCCCUGGUUGCUGAAUACAACAGUCAAGAAGAGCAUCACUGGCCUCGCGGAUCACAAAGUGGAUGAGAAGUGGUACCAAACCGUCAUACGUUCGUGCUGCUUAGAGGAGGACAUUCGCCGCUGGCCCGACGGGGAUCAGAGUGAAGUUGGAAGCAAAGGCCUUACUUUAUCAGGUGGACAAAAACAAAGAGUGGCAUUGGCUCGUGCGGUAUACAGUCGCCAGGAUAUAGCUUUGCUAGAUGACAUCUUAUCCGCCUUGGACAUGCAGACUCAGGAGAUGAUCAUUGCACGACUCCUUUUAGAUGAUGGAAUAUUUCGCCAACUGGGAACUACAGUCGUCCUGACAACCCAUAACCCCCAACUGCUUAAGGUGGCAGACAGCGUAAUCUCGCUUAGUGCAGAUGGACAGGUCGAGCUUCAGACAACGGGUAGGGAUGCCAUUCAAUACGCAGCUAUGAUUCGCGGAAUAGAAGAUACGGGUGCUGAAGAGGGCGGUCUAAAGGAAAAGACUUGUGAUGAGGCAGUUAGAUCGUCUGACGGCCCGGGGAAUGAGGUGGAAAAUGAGGAUCGAACCAGGCAAAUCGGAGAUUUAUCGGUGUACUACUACUACGCACGAAUUGUUGGUCCCUUUCUGUGUACCGUGUUCCUCUUUGCCCACGUCUUCCUAGCCUUCGCCGAGAACUUUCCGCGAGUAUGGCUAAGCAAGUGGACCGAAGCAGGCGGUGGCCAACUCCCGCUAUACCUAUCUGUCUAUAUUGCUUUGGCACUGACCGCAUCGGUGCUCGUUCUGGGCUGCAUCUGGAUCAUCUUCCUUGAACUGAUGCCAAAGUCGGCCAUCCGUUUGCAUUGGCGGCUACUAAACGCCGUCAUUCGAGCACCUCUGUCCUUCUUCUCCACGACCGAUAGUGGUGUGACACUCAACCGUUUCAGUCAGGACAUGACCUUGGUAGAUCUGGCGUUGCCUAUAUCUCUAAUGUCUUUGGGGCAAUCAUUUUUUGGAUGCAUCGCAACUGUAGGCUUGAUCGCGACAGGCUCAGCAUACAUGGCCAUCACGAUACCGGUGACAUUGGUGGUCUUAUACUUCUUGCAGAAGAUAUAUUUGAAGACCAGUCGACAGCUAAGAUACCUCGACCUGGAGUGCCGAAGUCCCUUGUACUCUCACUUCGUUGAGGUUCUUGAUGGAUUGCCUACGAUCCGAGCCUUUGGUUGGCAGGCCGCGUCGACUGAAGUUCUAAUCCAGCACCUGGAUCAGUCCCAAAAGCCAUACUACAUGCUAUUAUGCGCGCAAAGAUGGUUAAAUCUGGUUCUGGAUAUUGUGGUGAUGGCAUUGGCGACCAUUGUGGUGGCACUGGCCGUGGAGCUGCAUGAGAGCACCAAUGCGGGCCUCCUCGGCGUUGCCUUGAACAAUAUUCUGGGAUUUAAUCAGCUCCUAUCGUUUUUCAUCACGUCGUGGACUACCUUUGAAACCUCACUCGGAGCAAUUGCCCGCGUGAAGUCCUUUGUAGAGACCACGCCGUCUGAGUUUCGGCCCGGUGAAACUUCAGAACCACCAGUGUCGUGGCCUGAGCAGGGAGCAAUCCACAUCCAGGGCCUCUCUCUUUCCUACCCCAAUGGAACAUCAGCAUUGUGUGACAUUUCGAUGUGCAUCGCACCAGGCGAGAGAAUAGGUAUCUGUGGCCGUACGGGCAGCGGUAAAAGCUCUUUCAUACUCGCCCUACUCCGCCUUGUAAACCCAUCCCAUGGAUCAAUCACCAUUGACGGGAUUAAUAUCGACAGUAUUUCUCCAGCUGCAAUCCGCGAGGCCCUAAUAGCCGUCCCCCAAGAUCCAUUCACGCUCCUAGGUACCGCACGGUACAACGCAGACAUCAUGGCCGCUUCCAACGACGAAGAUAUCAUAUCUGUACUAAAGCAAGUAGGCAUCUGGGAAGCCAUUGAAAGCCGAGGAGGUCUGGAUGCCAUUCUCGAGAAUCACCCAUUAUCCCAAGGAGAACAACAGUUAUUCUGCUUAGCACGGGCCAUUCUCAAGAAACGAACCCGCAAAGGUGGAUGUCAGGUCCUGAUCCUGGAUGAAGCCACCAGCAACCUUGAUAGCGAGACGGAUCACCGCACCCAACAGGUAUUAAAGGGGGCUUUUGAAGGCUGCACUGUUGUCAGUGUAGCUCAUAGGCUGGACACGAUCAGCAACUUCGACAGAAUUGCCGUCCUAGACGCGGGACGUCUAGUUGAGUUUGAUACACCACAGCGUCUUCUUGCGAGAGAUGGACUUUUCCAUCGAAUGGUCUCAGCAUUCGAGGAAUAG